GAUAUAAAGCUGACCACCAUACCUGCGUGGCGGCGAGCCGUGUCUGUCAAUUGUCACCAAACGAAUCCAAAGUGUUGAUAGCCGCUGUACAUUCAAAACAAUUGCCGCAUUAGCCUCUCCUAAUAAAGACCGCGGUUUCUCCUGAUAUUUGCAGUGUUGCUAAUGGUUUUUCAGCCAGACGCUAUCGAUCAUGGGCGAAUGAGAUCCUCCCAACAACACCUGGUCUAGACCUAUUCGAUCUUAAACAUCAGGUGCACCAUUCUCCUUUUUACUGGCUUGCCCUUCGCAAACACCUGGCCCACGCAUUGACAGGCAGGCAUUAGGAAGGUGCAGCAAGCCCCAGUCCCUGCCCGCUUCUCCCUCUGUCGUGCGACCCCGUCUUUGAAGUUCCUUCCCCGUCCCAUCGCUUCAACCCGAUCUUCACUCUAUCAUACAAUUGCUAACGCGAUUUUUGGUAGUGCGUCUCGCCCACUCGCUUGGUUACGCACACUCAUUCGCUCACCUAUGCAGUUAUUACAUUCUUUAUUUCUUUAUUAGUCCUUGUUGUAUUCCUUCGUUCGAGUUGCAGGUGGCCGGCACAGAUAACUUCACUAAUUACCCAUCUCUCGCUUGCUGUCUUCACUCCGCUCGCCCCCUUGCCAGAACAAAAGACGCGGUACAUCCCUUCGUACGUACAGAUUACCAUCGAGCAAUAAGUCGCCUCCUACUUUGGGUCCUCGAAGAAACACGCCUGUUUUUCUACGCGCUAUUUCAUAACGGUGGCACACAUCUGCCAAAUCGAGGUUCAACCUCCCCUUUUGACAUUCCUAACCACCCUCGAUAUACGCAAUUUAUCUCACUCGCCCUUGAUCGAUCGCAAAACAAAGUCUCACACAAUCAUCCGGUGGUUUCGGACGCCUAUCUCGCGAGAUAUCUUUCUCCAACAAUACCUGAUAUCGAUCUCAAGGACGUAUUUUGUUUGGACAACCAUUCUUAAAAAAGCCGUUUGAAACGACUAAAUCAUCAUGAGACCGAUCAACUACCUACCGAGACCUGACCUUUUGGUCUCGGUCUUUGCCUCCGUUUCACUGUACGGUGGUCUGGCUAUGGCCCAAGAUACCAAUGAUGAUCCCAAGAAUAAUGACCCAUCUGCUGUUCCUGCGGCGAGCGAUUCGAAGAACAGCGAUGCCAAUAAACCCACAAACACAGCUGCUGAGCCUGCCAAAGAGAGUAGUGAUGACAACAAAGCCGAGCCAGCUAGUACUGAGACGAAGGAUAACGCGAAGCCUGCGUCAACGAAAGACGAGGAGCCUUCGAAAACUGAGGGAAAAGAAGAGCCCAAGUCUACUGCGAAAGAUGACUCCAAGUCUACUGAGGAAGAUGAUCCGGCCAGUACUGCGACAGGAGAGGGUCCAACCAAAACCACAGACAUUCAGUCCACAAUUACAUCCAUCGCCUCUUCUGGCACGGAAGAAGCUAUGCCUACCUUGACAAGAUACAAGCCAAUUCCUACUUAUCCAGCUCCUUCCGUUCCCCCUACUAACAAUGCUCCUUUCAUGCGGCACUCGAGUGCCCCUGACGGUACCGUGUUUAUUGCAGUUGGUGCCAUCCUUGGCGCUCUUGGGCUCGCCAUCCUACUGUGGCGUCUUAUCGUUGGCAUCCUUCUCCAUCGGUCUGUUGCGCGAGCAGCCAAGGCCCAGCAUAACGAGAACGCAAAGACAGGCUUUCCUGCGCCCCCUGCACCCUUCUAUAAAUAUACUGAUACCGGAUCGACAAUGUCUCUCUCUGCUGGUCGCGGCGUGCGACGAACCACCCGCGGACCUGUUCUAUCGUCAACUCCCAGUGCCUCCAAUCUAUUUUUCUCCCCAACUGCCGCAGCAUCAGGUAAUGGGGCUGGCAAUCGUGGCUCUGCGUUUUUACCAUCUGGCUUUUAUGCGGCUGGCACGAGCUCUCCCGGUGGCCAACAUGAAAAUAACAUCAGCAUGACCAACUUACGCCCUGAUUCACGCGGCCACUUUGGCACUCCUUCACGACAUACCUUGAAUCCCAGUCCUCCAGAUUCACCUUCAUUCCAAGGUCGAAGGGAUAUCAGCAACUCGACCCUCAAUCUCAAUCGGCCACCAAGCCAACGCGCCCCUAGUGCGUUCCUCGAAGAUCUCCUCGCUGACGAUCCUUCGAGUUUGCCACCUCCACAUAUGCCUGCCUCGACCGCCAGGCGCUCAUCGUAUGGCAGUGGCUCUCCUGGCUCUCCUGGCGCGCACAACCGAAUCUAAAUCGGUAUCAAGCGACCUCUAUAAUGGAAAACUUUACAUGCGAGCGAUAUCAUGCUUAAGCGUCCUUGUUACCAGAGAAAACACUUGGUGUUACAGGAGGGGGCAUUGCCUUUGAAUCAUUUUACAACAGCGGCGUCAAGAGAAUGGCAUUUUUCUCAUCGGGAUAUGGCUUGCGGAUAAUUCGAUACUUAAUCAUGAGAGGACACAGGUGUGACGAUCAUCGGUAAUGUGUACGUGGGUGUUAUGAGCAGAGGUUUGGCUAUUGUCGACGAUCCAAUAGUUCAGCUUGGCUGUAGGCAAUGGCGUAGCUUUAAGCCUAUCUAUCAUGUCCGCUAUCAGACCACCAAAGUUCUACUCUCUGCUUGGAUAACUUGGGGGAGUUAACGGUUUUGAUCCAUACUCCAGAAAUAUCUUCUGGCUUUCUUAGUACAUAGUCCUCUUGAAAAUGAUAUCUUCAUCACCAUUUGUCUUUAUGAGUAAAUGCCACCAAACUUAGGAGUAUACCAUGAAUUCGAU